ACACUGAUCGCUCACUUACGCGGCGUAGUCAGGAAGGACACAGUGAGCUCUUGGCCGCGACUUCUGUCCACUAAAUCGAUCGAUGUGACGUCUGUUCCAUCAUCAUUCCAACGAUCAACGCUGAAAUCAGGCUCACUCGAUCGCUCUGUCAAGAUGAGAUGAUUCCACUCAUCAUGCAUAAGUACAGGAGUAGCCUACAGAGAUAAGUUGGAUCUGCCACUUGAGGACAAUAUAGCAAGAGGCAUCAUGAGGGCAAAUAUCAUCGAAUUCGCGCUACUGGGCUUCGCUGCUGCCACCCCUCAGACAUUCCGUCAUCCUCAGCCUGCACCAUGCUCUAAAUUUGAUGCUUCAGCCUUAAGCCUUCGCGAACGUGGCAGCCGAAACACUUUGAAUUGGCGCAUGUGGCUAGAGUUGAAUGGCAACCCGAUAUCUCCAUGGCACGAUGUGCCAACAUAUCCAAGUGCUAGUGAUACUUCUGUCGUGCACUUUGUCGUCGAGAUACCUCGAUGGACGGCAGGCAAGGUCGAGAUCAAGCGUGACGAACCCAUCAAUCCCAUCUUUCACGACGAGAUGGACGAUGCUCCACGCUUCAGGGAAAACGUCUGGCCCUAUAAGGCGCACCCAUUCUUGUAUGGAUCUAUCCCGCAAACCUGGGAGUCUCCGAACUUCAACCACAGUUCCACUGGCUAUCCUGGUGACAACGAUCCCAUGGAUCUCUUCGACAUCGGUCAGGAUCCCGGCUACUACGGUCAAGUGAAGCAAAUCAAGAUUCUUGGAGGUCUUGCGGUUGUCGACGACAAUGAGACAGACUGGAAAAUGAUGGGCAUCGACGUGCAGGAUCCUCUUGCAGAACUCAUUAACUCUGUCGAAGACGUCGAGAGGUAUCGCCCUGGAACUAUGCAAGCUUUUCACAAUUGGUUCGCUGGUUUUGAAUCAGAAAAGACGCCAAUUAUUGGCGAGGGAUACCAAAACCAGACCUUCUGCGUACGCCAAGUUGCUGAGAGUCACGGCUUCUGGAAAGAAUUGGUAGCUGGCAAAGCCAAUCCGAACGAGAUCAAGUUUGCGCAGACGUCUGACAGCGAACUUGAUAGCUACAUAAGCUGUGAAGAUGUGACCAAGAAAUUUGAUUUACCAGAGAUGAACAGGCCUGGCAAACCGGCUGAGAUUCCAGGAAAAUUUCAAAGAUGGUUCUUCUAUAAUACAGAGGGUCGACUGUUAAAUCCAGAAGCGCAGGAUUAGAUCAGCGUGAGCUGAAGACUACAGGUUGAUGGCUGUCAGGAUAAGGAUAGCGCAAACGAUUUUCUCAGAAGUCUACCUGGGAUUUGUGGCACUCCUCCGAAACAGCAUGAUGGCAAAUGGUGUAUAAACCCAAUUUACUUACAACGGCUUUGUGAUUGAACGUAAGCCUUAAAUUCAACAAGGAAAGAG